AUGAAGAGUUCUCUUAUAACAUUUGCUUUAACCUGUGGAUCGGCUUUGGCUGUUCCAACUGCCAACAGGAAUGCCCGAUCCCUAGUUAAGCGGGCCUCUUUGGAUGAUGCCGCCACUGGCUUUGCAAGCUUAAAUGGAGGCACAACUGGAGGCUCAGGUGGCACGACGACCACUGUCUCUAGCUUUGCUGCCUUGGAAACAGCAGUUUCUGGCGACGAUAGCAAAGUUGUCAUUGUUUCUGGAACAAUUACCGAAACUGCGGAUCAGAUCAAAAUUGGCAACAAUACUAGUGUCAUUGGGGAAGAUUCAAGCGCCCAGCUCGUCAAUUUUGGAUUGCUAGUUAAAGAAGCAUCCAAUGUUAUAAUCCGCAAUAUUGGUGUCUCGAAAGUUCUUGCCGAUAACGGAGAUGCUAUUGGUGUCCAGUAUUCUAACAACGUUUGGAUCGACCAUGUCGAUGUUUCUUCUGACACGGACCAUGACAAAGACUAUUAUGAUGGUCUUAUUGACCUCACUCACGCUGCCGAUUUUGUCACGGUAUCCAAUAGCUACAUUCAUGAUCAUUGGAAAGCCUCCCUUGUCGGACAUUCCGAUAAUAACGGGGAUGAAGACACUGGGCAUUUGCGAGUUACCCAGAAUAACAACUACUGGUCCAACAUCAACUCACGCGCUCCGUCUAUUCGGUUUGGCACUGGCCAUAUCUAUAAUAGCUAUUUUGAGAGUGUAAAUGACGGCAUAAAUACUCGCGAUGGAGCCCAGGUUCUGGUGGAGUCGAAUGUGUUCGUGGACAGUGACAAGCCACUGUAUUCGACUGACGACGGCUAUGCGGUGGCUAACGACAACGACUUUGGAGAUGGCAGCAAUGAGGCCCUAGCAGGAACUCUCACCUCAGUCGAUUAUAGCUACGAUCUUCUCGGGUCGUCAAGUGUCAAAGACGAAUCGUUAAAAACCGAAUUGAUUGAAAUCAUGUCGCUCUCUAAUGCGAAACAGUUUAAGCUUACCUCUAACCUGACAAUCCAGGCGCCACUGUCACGCCAGGGCCAUGGACCGGGACUUUUGAUCAUUCGAUCCGCAGCAAAACACGAUCAGCUAAAUAUCAAAGAGACUUUGGAUCCUGAGCCACUUCGAAAAUGGGCAGAAGAAAGCUAUGUUAUUGCCCAAUUGGAAGUAUCGGAAGGCCAUACGACGAUCAAGGAAGAGCUUCGUCAAGCUCUAGAUGCACUGGAAAAUCAUGAAAGAUGCAGUAAGAAAGCUAGUUACGGGAUUAUCGUUUACUCACCCUCGUUAGUUCCUGAUUUGACCCAAGGGAUCGACGAAAACGAGGAAAUUACAGCCGUUGUCUCAUAUGGCGCUUUACCACAAGUGUCCAAAAAACCACAUGUCUACCACUUGGCUGAGGGUGGAACAAAGUCCACGGGUGAAGCUGAGAUAAUCUAUCGAUAUCCAGAGGCCAAGUCGACGUCGUUCAUUCUGCCUUCACAUAAGGACUUCCUGCCGUCAUCAGCAGCUAUUGCACACACUCGAUGUUUGGAGUUUUUGAAAAAGCAACUUGAUGGUCCGUGGUUUGACUUGGAAGAAAUUUGGGACGAGCACACAAAAUUUGAAUUUGAAACACGUUCCGUCGAGAAAACUAUGGGGACUAUGGUCCAAGAGCCAUAUGUCAACCAUAUCCCUACUAUAACCGGCGGUAUUGGCCGGGAGAAGCUAUCUCACUUUUAUGCACACCAUUUCAUCUUUAACAAUCCUAGCGACACUUCUUUAGAGCUUAUUAGCCGCACAGUAGGUAUCGAUAGAGUGGUUGAUGAGUUCAUCUUUAGUUUUUCGCACGAAAAGAUGAUUGAUUGGCUUAUCCCUGGAAUCCCACCUACUGGGAAAAAGCUACGGAUUCCCUUUACGGCAAUUGUGAAUAUCCGCGGCGACAGACUCUAUCAUGAGCAUAUUUCAUGGGAUCAACUGACCGUUCUCUUCCAGCUUGGUCUCAUGCCUGAGUAUCUUCCGAUCCCAUACUCUUUGCCGAAUGGACCAACACCGCAGGCUGGCCACAAAUUGGAAUACCGUGUCCCUGGAGCUGGGAAAGAAACUGCAGAUAAAAUUGUUGAUGAAAGCAGUGUUCCUUCUAACGAGAUGAUUGGGUUUGCGAUGGGCGAUGUAGCCGAUGCAGGCUUCCUCCGAUCCUUCAUCAAGUCUCAAUUCUGCACCAAACCUCGCAAAGCACCAGCUGGCACCAAUCUGUCCGGUCAGGUUGCGAUCAUCACUGGCGGCAGCUCAGGCCUAGGGCUGCACUGUGCACGUCACUUUCUAUCAUUGAAGCUAUCGCAUCUCAUUCUUGCCGUAAGGUCUUUGGAAAAGGGCGAAGCUGUCGCCAAAAAGCUGCGUUCUGACUACCCAGCCUCAAAAAUUGAGGUUUGGCACCUCGAGAUGUCCUCAUAUCCCUCUAUUCAAAAAUUUUGUUCCCGGGCAGAGAAGGAUCUUUCGCGACUUGAUAUUACGAUCCUCAAUGCUGGCUUAAUACAGCCAUCGUUCGACACUUGUUCUACGGGCCAUGAAGAGGUCAUACAAGUAAAUUACUUGUCUACCUUUCUUCUAGCUAUUCUUAUACUUCCCAUAUCCAAAAGGAAGUCAUCAUCGGGGGUUCCAGGCAGACUUACGAUUGUAAGUUCCGGAACAGCCUUGUGGGCGAAGCUCCCCACACAAGACAGGCGGCCAUUCCUAGCAUCGUUUGAUAAUCCUAUCGCCCAUCCCUACAAACCGACAGAGCGAUACUUUGAUUCAAAGGCUCUUGGACAUUUAUUCUUUUCCAAGAUGUUCAGCUAUAUCAAUUCCAAUGAUGUCACUGUCAAUCUAGUCGAGCCAGGCAUGUGCAAGGGAUCCGAUUUACACAGAUUCGCCACGGGAGCUGUUGCCUUGUUUCUCGAGACCUACAAAUCAAUCACCGGGAGAAAGUCCGAGGAUGGGGCUUGGAUGUAUGUCGAUGCCGCGGUAGUAAAAGGAAAAGAGUCUCAUGGGUGCUUCUGCAUGGACUGGGAAAUUCACCCUUUCAUGAAUCUCGUGUAUCUCCCAAAGGGCCAACCCAUAAUUGAGGCGCUUUGGGAGGAGACCAUGGCUGAGUUUCACUUUGCUGGUGCCCGUGAAAUUCUGGAGACGUUCAAACAGAAGGAAACAGCUUAG